GUCAAAAUGCAGAUCUUCGUGAAGACCCUCACCGGCAAGACCAUCACCCUGGAGGUGGAGCCCAGCGAUACCAUCGAGAACGUGAAGGCCAAGAUCCAGGAUAAAGAAGGCAUCCCUCCCGACCAGCAGAGGCUCAUCUUUGCUGGCAAGCAGCUGGAGGAUGGCCGCACUCUCUCCGAUUACAACAUCCAGAAAGAGUCGACCCUGCACCUCGUGCUCCGUCUGAGGGGUGGUAUGCAGAUCUUCGUGAAGACCCUCACCGGCAAGACCAUCACCCUGGAGGUGGAGCCCAGCGAUACCAUCGAGAACGUGAAGGCCAAGAUCCAGGAUAAAGAAGGCAUCCCUCCCGACCAGCAGAGGCUCAUCUUUGCUGGCAAGCAGCUGGAGGAUGGCCGCACUCUCUCCGAUUACAACAUCCAGAAAGAGUCGACCCUGCACCUCGUGCUCCGUCUGAGGGGUGGUAUGCAGAUCUUCGUGAAGACCCUCACCGGCAAGACCAUCACCCUGGAGGUGGAGCCCAGCGAUACCAUCGAGAACGUGAAGGCCAAGAUCCAGGAUAAAGAAGGCAUCCCUCCAGACCAGCAGAGGCUCAUCUUUGCUGGCAAGCAGCUGGAGGAUGGCCGCACUCUCUCCGAUUACAACAUCCAGAAAGAGUCGACCCUGCACCUGGUGCUGCGUCUGAGGGGUGGCUGUUAAUUUUUCAGUCUUGCAUUCUUAGGGCCCAGUGAUGGUAUUAUUCUGCACUCUUAGCCAUUUGCCCCAAUUUAAGUUUAGAAAUAACCAGUUUCAGUAAUAGCUGAAUAGCUCGUUUCUCAAUAGCUGUUCAAAAUGUUUAAUAAAGGUUUUCUUGCAUGGUAA